CCGAACAGUAAAACUUGUGACACUGAUCAUAUGGAAUCCAUAUAGUGGUUCUGGUAAUCUGUACGCCGCUUUGGUCUUAUCGCAAUCUUCUUGUUUGCUUUAUGUUCCAAGAUUAGCAGAUCAAAUUUGACUCAUUAUAGGAAAUAUUUUGAGUCUAUAGUGAAUCUUGGGACUUAAGAGGAGCAAAAUAAAACUAUUGUUUGACUGUUUGAUUCGUAAUUGAGUGCCUCUACAUGUCUUCAGUGAAUAACACUCGGACUGAGCUUCUAGUCGACGUUGAAUUGGUUUCUGUCGAAGCAACUUCGACUACACUUGUAGAAAACAGCUCGACCGAAGAGCAACCGUUACAUCAGAAUAGUCGCAGUCAUUCUAACGGCGCAGUUGUGAAAAGCUAUCAAUCCACUGCUCCCACCAAAACCAGAACCACAUCCUCAACAUCAGAUGAUUCAGUUCUUUUGCCUGACGUUGGAUAUAGCACCAUACAAAAUUCAACUAGAGGUGUUCAGGAAUAUCAACCAUUAUUGAACAGUAGAAUGGACAUCGAUAUGACAUUUAAUUAUUUUCCUGAUGAUCCUCAAUUUAGUGAUAUUGUCAGAGCUGCUGAGCUUGCAAUUGAACAUGGAAUUUAUCCUGAGCGAAUAUAUCAAGGAUCAUCAGGCAGUUAUUUUGUAAAAGAUGCUGAAGAAAAAGUAAUUGGUGUCUUCAAACCUAAAGAUGAAGAACCCUAUGGCCGUUUAAACCCAAAGUGGACGAAAUGGCUUCACAGUUUAUGCUGCCCAUGUUUAUUUGGGCGAUCGUGUCUUGUACCGAACCAGGGUUAUCUGUCGGAAGCAGGUGCCUCCAUUGUCGACCAAAAGUUGGGACUCAACGUCGUUCCAAGGACCAAAGUCGUCAAGCUCGUCAGUGAAACCUUCAAUUAUUCUAGAAUAGAUCGAGAAAAGUCGCACGUAAAAAAACUAGUCUCGGAUCACUUCCCAAGCGUUGGUCGACGGUUCCAUCGGAUCGGACUACCUCCGAAAGUAGGCUCCUUUCAGCUCUUUGUAGAGGGAUAUAAAGACGCGGACUACUGGCUACGGCGUUGGGAGUCCGACCCUCUUCCUGAAACAAUAAAAAAAAGCUUUCAAUUUCAGUUUGAGAAGCUAGUUAUUCUGGAUUUCAUUAUUCGCAAUACUGAUCGGGGCAACGACAACUGGUUAAUAAAGUAUGAGAAGCCUGAAGUCAAAACCACUAAUGAGGAGCAGGAUGACUGGUCAAUAGUCAAAUUACCGGAAGUGAAGAUAGCCGCAAUUGAUAACGGUUUGGCGUUUCCCUUCAAGCAUCCGGAUUCAUGGAGAGCCUAUCCUUUUCACUGGGCAUGGCUGCCAUAUGCAAAAAUCCCGUUCUCUACUGAGAUAAAGGAUUUAAUAUUGCCCUUGAUAUCCGACAUGAAUGUUGUCCAGGACUUGUGCGAUGAACUCUACGCGAUUUUCAAGGAGGAUAAAGGGUUCGACCGCCACAUGUUUGAGCGCCAGAUGGGCGUUAUGCGAGGACAAUUGCUCAAUCUGAGCCAAGCUUUGAAAGAUGGCAAGUCACCCGUUCAGUUGGUUCAGAUGCCCCCAGUCAUCGUGGAAAGAUCUAAGGGUCAUGUUGGAACUACCGCUGCAUUUCGGAACUUCAGCGAUACUUUUACUCAGCGCUUUCAGUAUAAAGGCCCGGUAUUUUCUUGGUGGUAGAAAGCCAAUAUCCUUCCAUGUGGUAACUGAAAUCCCCCGUCAUUUCAUUUUAUGAAAACACGAAUAGAACAUUCAUGUUGUUGAAAGACGGGGAUGAUGCUGUUUCCUGGAAGUCGCGCAUCCAUCAGUAUACACACGAUUCAUUUACCUUGA